AUGCGCCUCGCUUACAUCCUCGCCAUGGUGUUUGCCGCCAUUCUUCACGCCACCAGCGCCGCGCUACCCGUUACCAAGGAGUCCAUCCCUACCAUCAAGAACGAAGCCUCAUCUGAAAUCGAUCGAAUAUUAGACGCAGACGGUGGUCGAAUGCUGCGUCGUGCCGAGCAACACGCAACAAACGAAGUGGGAGUCGAAGAAGAAAGAUUCUACACGAAGGCUAGGCAGCUCUUCAAUCAAGCUAUUUACGCUGCGAAGGUGAAGGCCAACAGUAAUGACGCAGGGUAUUUUGCCGCCCAGCUAGCACGUCUAAAGAGGGAGAGCAAGUAA